AUGGAUUAUUACGAGAAUGGAGAUUUAUCAAAACUUACCUCUCCCAAUGUAGAGUGUUCGGAAUUGAUGGUGAAACAAAUUAUUUAUCAAAUGUGUGAUGCUUUGAAUUUUGUUCACACACAUCUCAAGAUGAUUCACAGAGAUGUGAAACCAAGCAAUAUCUUUAUUGAGAAAAUGGAUCAAGAUCAUAUUCAUGUCAUUCUUGCGGAUUUUGGACUUGCCAGAGCCAAUCAAGGAUCGACCAACAAUUCCUAUGCUGGAACUCCACUGUUCAUGUCACCCGAGUUGGGUCUAGGUGGUAAAUAUAGUUUCAACACAGAUGUUUAUUCGUUGGGUGUUGCAAUCUAUCAAAUUAUGACAAAAGAUGUUACCACUUCCAUCAGUCACUUGUAUUUUGAACAAGAUGCCAUUCAAUUUUUGAGAAACAAAUUGAGUGAGCCAGGAAUUUACUCUAAGGAAUUGAUCAAUCUUGUGCUGAAUAUGUUGCAGAAGAGUAGUUCCAAACGACCCUCUGCUGGAGAGGUUAUCAAAGAUCCUUAUUUCUCUGAUCACAUUCACAACAAUGUGUAG